AUGAAUGACCAACAACACGAUUUUCGCAAAUAUCGACCAGAUUCGCAGGCAUGGCAAGACUUCCACGCCCGUCACUCCUCGGGAAAGUUCUUCAAGGAAAGAAGGUAUCUCUUGAAGGAAUUUCCUGAGUUAGUUUCCUGUGGAGAGAAUUCCAAACUCUUGGAAGUCGGUUGUGGUAAUGGGAGUUCUGUGCUUCCGAUUUUGCGCGGAUGCAAGAACAUUACCGUAUAUGCUUGCGAUUGUAGCAGUGAGGCUCUUGUUAGGACUAAAGAAAACAUUGAUCGCACUAUUGGUACACUUGAUAACUUCCAUUCAUUCUGUUGUGACUUUUCAAGGUCUGAAUUCCCAAAUUGGGUGGCAUGUCAUCAUUGUCGAGACAACUUUAAGCUUAAGCAACAUUCAGGAGGGAGUGAAGGCAUGCAGGUGAACUACAAAUGUUCAUUAAAUGAACAUUGCAUCGGUGGGGUGGAUUUUGUCACUCUGAUUUUUACAUUGUCGGCAGUGCCUAAAGAAUGGAUGCCGAGAGCUAUAAAGGAAUGCUUUUCUGUGCUGAAACCUGGUGGUUUGCUCCUGUUCAGAGACUAUGGAUUAUUUGACAUGACUAUGCUGCGGUUUGAGCCAGAGAAACUUAUAGGGUUCAGGGAAUACCUGCGGUCAGAUGGAACACUUUCCUAUUUCUUUUGUCUCGACACUGUCAGAAGACUGUUUACAGAUGCUGGUUUCAUUGAGGAUGAGCUUGAAAAUUGUUGUGUCAAAGCACUAAACCGGAGAAAGGGUAAGAACAUGUACCGAGUUUGGGUUCAUGGGAAAUUCCAAAAGCCCUUUUAA